CCGAAUGGUCCGACGUGGUUUGCUUGCGCUUUUACGAAACAAACCGGGCAAGAAUACUGGCUAUUUCUGUAAAAUAAAUAAAUAAAUAAAUAAAUAAAUAAAAAAGAAGAAGUGAUCACCCGUUGCGCAACUUCAUUUAUCGCGAAUGUAAUCGUCACCGCAAAUUUUCUUAUCAACGGCUUUGUUGCCCCGGCAAGCGGUACCGAAAUUUCGGAACAAAAUCAUCAGCGAUAAACGCGCGAUAUCGAACAAUGUUUUUGAUAAAUGCCAGCCAACGCUCGCGAUCGGUGACUAAUGAAUAGAAAAUAAAAGUCAAACCCGACGACAGUCGACUGAGCGAUUGUCGACUGAAAACGCGCAAGAAAAAGUUUCUCGUGGCCCUCGUGCCUCAGACGGUUCUUCGAGGAUGUCGCGCUUCCACGUUCUCUGCUAUGAUAAAUCGACGGCCCGCUCGUUUAUCGCAAUAUUAACAUCUAUAUAACUGUACCAAAUGUUAGCUCUCCCAAUUUUGCUUCUUUUCACUAUAUAAAUGUCCGCAGCGUGUGAAAAAACGUGUUAAUAGCGCGGUGGUGAACAAAAUUUCGUAAACAAACGAACGAACGUAUCGCACGAAUUUGUAAAUUCAUUAGAUCGAGGACGAAAGAGGAAGUGCGUGAGUGGAUGCGAAGAAGAAGGAUCACUCGGAGAAGACGGGAACUCUCCUGCAGGAAAAAGAAGAAGAGAUGAUCUUCGAGCUGCUGGUGGCCGGUGUUGUCACCCUCGCCACACGAAGGCGGUACUCCGUGGCACAGACGGCUACCUUAACGAGCCUGGCGUUCUUCCUGAGCUCUGGUCUGAGCACGGUUUUGGCUGCACCGUCUUACGGUUUCGGGCUCACGCAAUCUACGAACAGCGGAAUGGAAGCCUGGGAGCAACCUUGCGGGACACCUCUUGGUGCUGCGCUCAAAAGAUCCCCGCAACGACACAGCGUUCAUCGGGCAUUAAAACGCGUUCGUACGCAGCUCCGAGUUGCUCAGAAUCACUUCAGGAAGGACCUCAAGGAUGUCCACGAUAUUUAUGCAAAGGUGUACAAAGUGCUGAAAGGACAAUACCACAUGAGUUGGUUGCCGGAAAGGCAACUCGAGUGGUACCAUCGCGAGCUUUGGUGCAUGGAGAAAGUGAAGAAGGCGGAAUAUGCGCUACCCAGACUCCACGACGCCCUCCAGAGAUUCGCAAUUACAUUCUACUCCCUACGAAGCUUUCGUCUUAAAUCGAACAUCAACGUCGAAUUCACAAUUAAUAGACGCAACGAGAUCAUCGAUGGCAUGCAGAACGAAGUUCUCAGGAUGCUGUGCGAAGUUGAAACAGCGAUAUUAAAUCUCGGUCACCAACUUCCGGUGGUUCAUAAAUCGACGAUAGUCACAGAAAGCUCAGAUUGGACAACGGAAGGUGAUCUCACGUUGAUGCUCAUACAGGAUUGGGGUGUGAUGCGACUGUAUCAGGCGUUCCUCAACGACUGGACUCGAGCAUUCCGCAAUGCGACGGCAACAGGACCGGGAACGUGCGAUCCAAACACGAAAAAGCCUCUUACCUUCGUGCCAAAAAGCAAGGCUCUUAAAAAAAUGAGCGUCGAGAAGGGGAAGCGACCCUUGAAAGUACGAAAGCAAAAAGGACACAUCCGGAAGCCGAUUCAAUUAGGCUCCGAGGGCUCGAUAUUACACGGUCGAAGAAGGGACUUCAGACGAAGGCUCGUCAAAAAUCGGCGAAGAAAAGUUCUAUAGAUCAUUUUUUUUUAAGUUAUUUGCCAAAAUCGUAACCAACAUUAUCACUCGAUGAAUCACGAUAAGGGACGCGGCAUUGUUACACUCAACACACCUUCAUUAUUUUAACAUUGGAAUCGAAUUAUUGAAUGUAUGAAAUGUCACACAGUUCACUCACAAAUUAUUUAUUUCAUCUCAGCGAUCAUUCACAUGCUCUUUCUUGCCGGUGCACACGCGUGCAUUCACGCAUAUAGACACGAUCACACAAACAAAUCAUUUUAUAAUUGACACGUCAAACUACAUUAAUGGACUCGAGACCAGUAUUAUUGAAAUCUUGAAAAUGAUUAAACAGUAUUAAAUAAGGAAUCGAUAUUCCAAGUGUCGAGAAAACAUGAAAAUUAUCAGCUUUCAUUAAACAAGUUUGGUAAUUCAAUAGUUAUUUUGAAUGUAAAUGAAAAUUCAAGAUCUAGGCUCUGAAUGUGUGGAUAUGUUGGAGGAAAAAAGUUACUGUACAAUUUGUACAUAUUACAUUGUUUGCCGGGACGAGCAAGCCUUCGGUGUUUGUUUUUUGUGUACGAGGAAUUCCAUGUGAGACUGGCGAACUUUUUCUCUGACCCCCGCCACUUUGGUUCAUUUUUUUAUACAUGAUUAUAUCAAAUCUAAGACACCGCGACGUUUUUUCAGAUUUUUCUUAAAAAAUCUGAAAUUCCGAAAUCAAUCGAGAAACACUCACUCGGGGCGAACAGUUAAAUAUUUUGGCACCUAAAACUAAUUCUCUUUACAAUUUUUGAAUAAUUAAAUCAAAAUUACGGACCUUGAUCAGCUAGUAGUUACCAAUUCCCAAUACGGUACGAUUAUACGUACAAUAUUCACCGAUUUUUGGAAUUUUUUCAGAUCUUUAAAAAGCUGCGUUUUUCCGGGUUCUUAAAUUUUUUUUUCUCAAUAAUGGCUGUUUAGAAAAAUCGUAAAAAACAUCGGGCUGUCUUUUAGACCUAAUAUAACCAUAUUAAAACAAUUAACCAAAUUGGUGAGGGUCAGGGAAAAAGUUCGCUGGUCCCACGUGGAAUACCUCAUGCAUAACUUUUUCACUCGCUCGGCCAAUAGUAGUUAAUAUUUAUUUAUCUUAGCUUUAACGCGCACGAGACAAUAACCGCGUGAGCUUGAAGUUGUUAGCUGUGAUAUUCUCGAACGUACGCGGACGUUACAGAGUUCCUACGUUUUUAUAUUCUUUAUUAUAGUUAAUGGCGUUUGACUUUCGUAUACGCACGUUAAGUAUACCUUUUUACCCUCUGUCCAGUUAAGGGGACGAACGAAAUUUUAGGAGAUAUUUAUUAAUGUGUACUUAGUUGUUUUUUACCCCAUCAUUCAUUGGAAUCUCACGAUGUUUCGUUGGCAACGGAUUCUCAAUCCCCUUUGAAGUUCGAGUUCGUGCACCGAAAACGCGCAACAACUUCCAAUCCGAUUUUUUUUACUACGGACGAUUUUGACGAAUUUUUUUUCUCAUGAUUUGAAAUUCACGACGUUUUGGAAUUCGAUUUUAUAUUGAAAGUAUUUAUAAUAUAAUUUACUGGAAAUCUUUUACAUUCGCGAAUCCUUUAAAAAAAAAACGAUGAAACAAUGCGGGACCAGGACGUUCGAUUUCAUUCGAACGAUCCAUUUUUAUACCUUGUAAGGAUAAAAUUCAUAUUGAGAACUCUUCGUUCCAACUUCCCGAAUAAUUUACACGCGAGGUAGCAUCCACAUGUGCCAGUGGAUUAACUUUAAGAGUGUCGUUGUACUUAAGUUCAAUUGUACGCAUGUAUGGUAUAGAUACUUAUUUAUAUUGGGCAUAUAGACGCACACGUAUUUGUAUUAUUAUUUGUCAAGAAAAUUUAUUUAUUAUGUCACGUUACCAUCUCAUAUAUUAUUUAUUUUCACUCUCCUAUCUUAUGUAUUAUCGUCUCGAAUAUAAAAUUUAUUUUGUAUUUA